AUGGAAUCCACGACUUUAACGGACCAGCAGAAUUCAUACAAUGAAUCGGACCUAACUUCUCUUGUUCCGGCUGAUGAGAAGCUUGCAGACUCAAAUUUCUUGUUAGAUAGCAACGGCCUCGCGGCGGAAAAUGAUUAUUUGUCUUCGGAACUACCAUCAGCUCAUUUCAGCGGCAUCAACUACGAGAGCUUCUUUUCAGGCGACGAAUCUUACAGAUCAGAAUUUGGUCCACUAACGGGAGAUGAGAAGUAUGAUCAUUACAAUAUACAAGAGGAGAUAUCCUCUGACUACGAGAAGUCUCACUCGCCGAUUGGCCUUGCUGUACUUAAGUGCAAAAGCGUGGCUAGCGCGGAAGAUAUUGCUUCAUUAAUACCACAGACACUCGUUAGCGCCAAUUUUGAUGCUGAUACUACUGGACUACAGAAUGGCUACAAUUUUGAGGUGGACACAAAUCCAAUCAUUAACAGUGGCAGUGUAGGAUUCACGCAUCACAGUGUGAGCUCCAUUUCUUCAGCAUCGUCGACCAAGCCAUCUGCAAGUGGAUAUCAAAUGUCAAAUUUCCAAAAGCCUUCGACGCCAGCAGAAGCAGACUUGCUUCUGUAUUACAUGGAAGAUGUUUGCGAGAAGCAAUUCUUGGUGCUUACAAAGGCGGACAGAGGAUCGCUGUACAUGGCUAUUACAAAAUUUGAGCUUCCAUACUGGGCAACACUCGGUCUUGCAUGUUAUUGCAAAGGUUCAGUUGAUUCACUAGAGAUGGCUCAUUUUUACACCAAUCUAGCUAUUUUGGAGUUGCGAAAAACAUUUCUUCUCCUAGAAUAUGAGGAGCAAUCUUUUUCGCAGGUCCUGCUGUGUUGUUUUUCGAUUAUACAACUGAUGUUUCUCGAGAAACUUAGUGGAAAUCACGAGGCUUGUAAGAUGCAUUUGGACGCCGCAUGCAACUUGCUAGCGAACUUGAAGAGAAACAGGAGCAUGGAUGGGCUCUCUGACACAGAUCCCGUCAAUUCAACUAUGUUGCAUCUGACUGUCGGUACCUUGCGAUGGUUCGACGUACUUCUGAGCUGCUCGCUACAUUCCUUGCCGACUACAUCAGCGCAACUUCCUGAUCUUCUCCAGGUAAACAACCAUACAACAAAACUUUCCGAUGGAUUCGCCUGUCAGAGUUUAGUCUUGUCAGCUUUAAUUGAAAGUCUUGAACUAGAUCAUUGGAAAGCAGCUGCUGCCACUCAAGGCCGCUUAAGCGUGGGCGAACUGGUAAACCGUGCGUCUGCAAUCGAAAGGAACAUAGCGUCUGCUCAGAGUCUUGUGGAGCAAUCUGAAGAAAAAAUAUCGGCGAGCAUUGAUAAAAGUUGUGGCAACGAACUCUUCCCAAAAGUCAUGAACAUUUUCAUCGCGAUAACUCGGGUAUAUCUUCAAGUAAUUGUUUCUGGGUCAUAUCGACAGGUGGCAGAAAUCGAACAGGCAGUCUCCAACACCAUCACUCUGUUCAAGCAGUUAUCAAGCACUGAAAUAUCAACUUAUCUUGUGUGGCCUUUCUGCUUCGUUGGUUGUCUAACAACAGGCAGUGAUAGAGAGAUAGUAACUAGCUUGGCAGAAAACGUUACUUCACAAGUGGCUGGUUCUUCAAAUUUGAAAUCUGCAUACGCCGUUGUGAAGGAAUGCUGGAGGUUGCUAGACGAGGAAGUCAUGCUAGAUCCGGACUGGUCGUCAGCCAUGAAAAGCCUUGCAUGCCCAAUGACAUUAUUGUAG